UACAUUAACGUUAUCACCUGUGGGUGUUUUCACCUGUAACGUGAGCAGAGACUGUUCGGUGCUGUGGUGUUUUAAUUAAAGUUAGUGCUGAGUUACAGCCAAUCACCUUUCCCUGCCUGACAACACGAGGAACUCCAGGUCCACAUUUCAUCUACAGGACAACAACAGCAUCCUUUCCCCUGCUCACACCGAACAGCUCUCCAGACGCUGGUAGAUUUGGUCUGACGGGAGAAAAUCCAGUUUCAUCAGUGCUCACACGGAGCUGCAGGUAUCCUCCAGUCGAUGGUCGUACAGGCUGAUCUAACCACUGCGGACUGCAGAGGCCUCCAUGUGACUUCAGUGGUACUGCAAAAUACUGUUAUCAGAACCAGGACUGGAUCCUCCCCCCAUCUCCUAAACUGACUGAUGUUUGUGGCUCCCACGUGGUUUAAUGGAGGGCAGUAGCGGAGACAUGCGGACCAGCGAACAGAGAGAAAAGAUGAAUAAAGUCCGAGCGACAACAACGAGGAAGAGAAGUAAAGAGGAGUUGGAAGUGAAGCAGGAUCAGAUCUUCAACUUCAACAACAAACCUGCUGAGGAAGAGGAGGAUGAAGAUCUGUCAGACAGCGAGGACAGUGUCUACUCAGGACUGGAGGAUUCUGGGAGUGACAGUGAGGAUGACGAAGAUGAAGAGGAGCAAUCAGAUGAUGAUGAUGAUGAUGAUGAUGAUGAUGAUGUGAAGGCGGGGUCAGAACAGACUCAGCAGACAGAGGAGAGAGAGAAGAAGGGAGGCGUGAAAGAAGAAGAAAAUAACGAAGAAGAGUACAAGCACGACUCUUCAGACGAGGAGGACAUCAGGAACACUGUUGGGAACAUUCCCAUGGAAUGGUACAGAGACUUCCCUCACAUUGGCUACAAUCUGGACGGGAAGAAGAUAUACAAACCAAUCAGGAACAAGGACGAACUGGACGACUUCCUGGACAAAAUGGAGAACCCGGACUAUUGGAGAACAGUCCAUGACAAGCAGACAGGAAGUGACAUCGUACUGUCAGAUGAACAGGUGGAGCUGGUGAAUCGUCUACAGAGGGGACAGUUUGGAGACGUCAACUUCAACGAGUAUGAGCCCUCAGUGGAGUUCUUCAGUAAAGACGUGAUGCUUCAUCCGGUCACUAACAGACCUGCAGACAAACGCAGUUUCAUCCCGUCCCUGAUUGAGAAGGAGAAGGUGUCUAAACUGGUCCAUGCGAUAAAGAUGGGUUGGAUCAAACCUCGGCGGGUGGAGGAUAACAGUAGGGGGCAUUAUUACAACCUCUGGGCCAGUGAGGACUCCUCCAUUCUGGCUAAACACAGGAUGCACCUGCCUGCCCCCAAAAUCCCUCUACCUGGUCACCAGGAGUCCUACAACCCCCCACCAGAAUACCUGUUCACAGACGAGGAGCGAGCUCUGUGGGAGCAGCAGGAUCCGUCAGACAGGAAGUUACCAUUUGUUCCCAUGAAGUUCUCAAGCCUCCGCCAGGUUCCUGCGUUUCCACGUUUCAUCCACGAGAGGUUUGAGCGCUGCCUUGACCUUUACCUGUGUCCCCGACAGAGGAAAAUGAGGGUGAACGUGAAUCCAGAGGAUUUGAUCCCAAAACUCCCCAAACCCAAAGACCUGCAGCCGUUUCCUACGACACAGUCUCUGGUGUACCGGGGUCACAGUGGUCUGGUUCGGUCCAUCAGUGUGUCUCCAUCAGGACAGUGGCUUGCUUCAGGUAGUGAUGAUGGCUCUGUGAGGUUCUGGGAGGUGUCUUCAUCCCGCUGUAUGAAGACGGUCCAGGUGGGCGGAGCUGUGAAGAACGUGGCCUGGAACCCAAACCCGUCUGUCUGUCUGCUGGCUGUUGCCCUGGACUCGGUGGUGUUGAUCCUGUCUCCCUCUCUAGCAGACAGACAGGUUGUCUUGUCGUCAGAGCAACUCCUCUCGGGUCAGCAGGAGGCUGAGCCAACAGACGAAGCGGGGCCUGUCAUCUGGAGCGUGGCUGAGGGGGAGGAGCUAAACCAGGGGAUCCGCCUCAGAAUACAACAUCCCAAAGCAGUCCACCAGGUGUCGUGGCAUGCUAAAGGAGACUACCUGGCGUCUAUGAUGCCGGAUCACUCGAGCCACCUGCAGGUUUUCAUACACCAGGUUAGCCGGAGGCGGAGCCAGAAUCCCUUCAGGAGGAACAAAGGUCUGGUUCAGUGCGUAUCCUUCCACCCCAUCCGGCCCUACUUCUUCGUGGCCACGCAGCGCUCUGUCCGCAUCUACAACCUGGUCAAACAGGAAAUGACCAAAAAACUACAGGCCAACUCCAAGUGGAUCUCCAGCAUGGCCAUCCACCCUGGGGGUGAUCAUGUGAUCUGUGGGAGUUAUGACUGCAGGCUGAGCUGGUUCGACCUCGACCUCUCAACCAAACCGUACAAGAUGUUACGACACCAUAAGAAGGCAGUGAGGGGCGUGGCCUAUCACAGAGUCUACCCGCUGUUCGCGUCAGCGUCCGAUGACGGAUCAGUGAUAGUCUGUCAUGGGACUGUUUACAAUGACCUGCUGCAGAACCCGUUGAUCGUCCCGGUGAAGGUCCUCAGAGGUCAUGUGACCACUCAUGACCUCGGUGUUCUAGAUGUGACCUUCCAUCCCACACAGCCCUGGAUCUUCUCCUCUGGAGCUGACGCCACCAUCCGCCUCUUCACUUAGCAAUGUGCCCGGCAACCAACCAACAACCUGUCCAGCAACCGACCACCCAACGAGGCGGUGAUGAGGUUGCUAGGAUACAGGCAGUUGUAGAAACGAUGCUGUUUGACUGUUUUCGUCUUUAACCUGAAAACUGUUUUUUUUGUUUUUUCCUCUUUGUUUGUUUUUAAUUAAACUUAGACUUUCUGACCUGUUUGUUUGUAGCAUCAUCAGCUGUGUGCUGUUUCCAUGGUGAUUCAGGAGUCUGACCACAUGGCGCCCUUUGGUGUUUUUUUCAGAUCAGCUUUUAAUUCUUCCAGCUGCUUUUUUUUUUCUGCCGACAGAGUCACAGCUCUCAUUGUUUUUGAUCGGGUGAAGUGAUGCAGGUGAACUCUGAAAAAACAUAACAGCACAUGAAACUGAGGUGUGACUGUUGGAGCUACUGGUUUUGAUGUAGUGUUACUAAUAAACACUUUACCACAAUGAUGUUUGAUAGGAAAUAAUCAGUUACAUAUCAGUUUAUCAGAAACAUGUCUCUGCUGGAACAAACUGUGCAGGCAGAUCUCCAGAUCCAGUCCAGACCUGAGUACAUUCAGUCAAGUACUGAACCUAAAUACAAACUUUAAGUACUUGUACUUUUCUUGAGUAUUCAAAUUUUUUAUGACUUUAUAUUAUAACUGCAUGACAUUUAUCUUCAAGGAUGCAGACUUUACUCUCAGAACACCUGACCAGUUUCUAAAUGAAGCACUUUCACAGAUUAAAGUAACCGACAGAAAACUACGUAGUAUCAGCUUCACCUUGAGGAGCAGCUACAACAGUAAACCGCUUUAGUAAUAACUAGUAGUAGUCCGUAAUGAUAUUCUGAAAUAUAAAAAAAAGUAAUUUCUUUUACUUUUGAUCAUUAAGUGCUUGAGUAUGUUUACGUGUGGCACCGGUACUUUUGGUAAAGGUAAGACACCACAGAUGAAUAGAUGAUAAAAAAUGUAACUAAUACAUAUCACCAUUUAACUUCCCCCGUUGAUUACUUACAUUAACAAUUAUUUUUUGUAUAACAAGUUUGCUGAAAUGUUGUUUAAAUAUCCAAAUG